GACGAGUCAGUCCAUCGAAACAUUAGGUUUCCUCGAGCAUACAAUGAGCUCUCUGGGAGAAUUCAAAAAUGCUCUUUGGAGAUGAUAAAGUUAUCAAGCUCACCGGGAGGAGGUAAAAGCGGAGAAGCCAAUUAGGCCUAGCUCAAAUUAUUCUGCCGUCCCGCAUAGAAACAUGGCAUACCAAGGUAGUAAAGGCUCAAUUUCUCGAAAGUCUCACGGUUGACUCUAUUCAUCAAUUGAACAUGGGAAUUUUCAGCUCUUCACAAGCCUCUCUGCCACCUCCAAAGAUCGGUGCAGAUGGUGCGCCCAUAGCACCCGACCGAAGUCAGAGAUCGCAAUGUUGGGAAGCAAGAGAUGCAUACUUCAAGUGUCUGGAUAAAAAUGAAAUCAUUGAUAGCCUCACGGAGAAUACCAAAGCCGAAAAGUCUUGCGGAUCAGAGGCGAGAGUAUUCGAGAAAAAUUGUGCAACUAGCUGGGUUCAAUACUUCAAGAAACGAAGGGUGAUGGAACACCAGCGCGAACAGACAUUGCAAAAGUUGAAGGCUGAAGGGGCGCAAGAGAUGCCAGGAGUUAUAGGAGCUGGAGCACCUGGUCAAAAACCAUAAUGACUUUUGGUGGAAUAAAAUUUACAACAGUAUAUGAAAGGAAAUGAUCCGACGGUCUGCGGCGUUUUCUAGGAAGUUUACACGAAGCUCCCUAUGGCCAAAAAUAAUUGCAGUCUUGGACAAAGAAACAUCCUUUGAGAGCGCAAAAAUCUUUUUUUCAGUCCGGGUCACAAUCGAUGCUCGCAUUCACACACAAAAUCUUCAUCGUUGAGUAAAAUUUACAGAAAAAUGAAGUGCACUUCUAGCACUGGGAGAUAUUUACUCAAAAAUCAAGAAAAAGGGUCGCUGUAACAUACAAAGCACAACUCAAACAUUCAGUUCAAAAAAAGAUCGAGUCUCCUCAUAUUGCCAAUCACCAAUCGAAUUGAUGUCGCGAAUACAUGCAACUUCACCCCAGAUAAACAAGUCCCCAAAUUCAGGGAAUUCCAAUCAUCAAGACCAUACGCCAGCAUCCUAGCCCAUCCUCAACUUCUUCCUUGCAACCUUUACAUGGAUGCGUUGAGAUUCUGGUAACUCUUUUGUGCUCAAGUGGGUCAUGAAAAUCGGUCAAUAUACAUGUGCA